CGGGUUUGUCAUCUCGGGUGUGUUGUGUAAAUGUAAAAAAAAAUCUGACAACUAUUUUAUAACUACGUAUACUUUUCUCAUCAUAUAAACAGCAUUUUGGGAUUUGGAAACCAGUGGUAUUUUGUGUGAAUUAAAAUGGUUUAGUUACAAUAUAUUUUUUAUCUAUGUUUUGUGAUUAAUGGCAUAAAAUAACAACAUUUAGUAAAAAUCUGAUAAUUAAAUAGUGCGUAUCUAGCUUAACGGUCGUUUGCUCGUAUGUAGGGGUUUCCCCAUUUACAGCUCAUUAGCAUAUCCCGGUCGCCAUUACUUUUCUAGAUCCGGAAUGGUGCGGUAAGUGGCGGAAAUUUGCCGAUAGUUGUGCAGAAAGGAUAGGUACGCCAGUAUUUUAUCUGGCUGUACCGAAGAUGGAAGAUGGUGUAAGAAUCAUCCUAUAAAGUCCAGAACUAUUGGCUCUGGUAUAUUUAGACUCUUCAAGGAAGAUAUACAUUAUUACUGGCUCAGUUUGGGCUGUCAUCCGGAUCUGCCAUGCCGAUCCAGGCUCCACAGUGGACAGAAUUUUUACUCUGCCCGAUAUGUUACAAUGACUUUGACGACAAUGUCCGCCUGCCUAUCAGUCUUGUGUGCGGACACACUGUUUGCCGUACAUGUCUGGCACAACUCCAUCGCAAGCAGUGUCCCUUCGAUCAGAGCAACAUCAGUGCCGACAUAAAUUCCCUCCCUGCCAAUUAUGCUCUGUUGCAGUUGGUUGGUGUAGAGAUCCCAAAGACUGUGGAAUUACCGAGCGGUUUAUCAUCGCAACAUCUAAAACAGUAUGAAGAAAGCAAGAGUUGCGUGGAGGAAAUGGCACUUCUGUUGCAGCCACUCAGCAAAGUCAAUGUUGGUUCCAAGGAAUGUGUACUUAGUCGUCCAAUGCAGAGAAAGCUUGUCACCCUUGUCAACUGUCAGCUGGUUGAAGACGAAGGCAGAGCCCGUGCUGUACGUGCUGCUCGUUCUCUGGGAGAGCGCACGGUAACUGAACUUAUCUUGCAGCACCAGAACCCCCAACAGUUAUCGGCCAAUUUAUGGGCGGCUGUACGAGCAAGAGGAUGUCAGUUUCUUGGACCAGCCAUGCAAGAAGAAUGUUUGAAACUGGUGUUGUUAGCUUUAGAAGACGGCAAUGCCCUGUCAAGGAAAGUAUUGGUCUUGUUUGUGGUUCAGCGACUUGAACCGCAAUUUCCCCAAGCAUCAAAAACCAGUGUAGGUCACGUUGUGCAGUUACUGUACCGAGCUUCCUGCUUCAAAGUCACCAAGCGAGAGGAGGAUUCCUCUUUGAUGCAGUUAAAAGAAGAGUUCCGUUCUUAUGAAGCGCUCCGACGAGAACACGACUCGCAGAUUGUGCAGAUCGCCAUGGAGGCCGGUUUACGUAUAUCCCCAGAGCAGUGGUCGUCAUUGUUAUACGGCGAUGCAUCGCACAAAUCACAUAUGCAAUCAAUUAUAGACAAGCUGCAGACUCCAGCCUCCUUUGCUGCAAGUGUACAGGAACUGUCUAUUGCUCUUCAGAGGUCAGGUGACCCUGCAAAUCUAGCACGAUUGACUGAAGAUUUUGAGUUACUAGCAAACAUCGAUCCAGCACCAGAUUCAGCUAUACCGAGUUGGGAGGAAAGUCAGCGUUCCAUGCGUGCUGCUAAAACUGCUGUUUUAGGGUUAGUGGAUUUUGUACAGAACCAUAGCCAUCACAGAAAAGUACUGGAACAGGCACAGAAUAGUAAGUACAAGACCAGUUUAUGCCGUGAUGUUCAGCAAAGUGGAGGAUGCCCACGUGCUGCUAACUGUACAUUUGCACAUUCUCCAGAGGAACUAGAAAGAUUCCGUGCAAAGAGCAGAAGAACUCACAUUAAAGGGAAAGUGGAGAAAAAAAUAGAAGGGGGAGGUAGCAAACCGCUAACAGAAAGCAGUAAUGAAAAUCUACUUGCUAGGGGUCCAGAUACCAUGACCUUGGAUAACGAUUUCCCAUCAUUUUGUGAUGACGAAAUGUCAACUAAUUCCUCUCCUUUCAUCAGUCCAUGCACCAGUGGAAUGUCCAGCCCUAUACCUUUGUCGCUGGGAAGAAACUCACCAAUACCAGAGAAGGAAAAGUACCCCAGAUGCGAUUAUUCCUCAGUCUAUGAAAACUCACAAGCACCGCAUUUAGAAGUUUCCUACAAGGAACCGAUUGACCAUCGUCGGUAUUCACCUCAUCCAACAUAUUCUUCUUGCGAGUUGGGCUACAAAGUUCCAGAAUCAAGACACUUACAUCCGUCGGAUCCGUAUUACAAAUCAAUCGCUUCACCACAUCCAAGAUAUGUUCCAGAUGACAUCUUUGGAAGAGCACCACCUUCACGUUUUGUGGAUGAUGCUUACCAUGGGAGAUAUGUCCCCAUGGGAUACAAUGUAGCUGAGGGAAAUCCCAGAGGUUGCAUUCCUUCUGGUGCCCCGCCAUAUGCUCCUGAAAUCAAAGGGUACACAAGACACCUGGACCAGUAUCCAAUGUAUAGGCAAAGGAACCAGACUGAUCCGCCACCACCAGAUACUCCUGGCUCUGGCUAUUCUGGCACAUCGUCUAAUCCAGUACAUAGACUCUCUAUGUACCAGUUACAGGACAAAAGAGAACAUUUAAUGGCCAAGUUAGAUCCAAAUUAUGAAUCUCAUCAGCAAACCAGACCAUUUAACACAACCCCUGAAAGUUCUACUGCUAUUGUCUCCUCUAUACUGAGUACAGUCGCUGGCAUGAUUAAUUCUAAGGCAAAAAGCACUGGUCAUGGAAAUCGUUCUCUGACUCAACUAACUACAUCCCAGCAUCUGGUUUCAAGUUCUGGCGUCAAUUUACAAGACAUGGCAAGACGAGAUACAACCAGUUCCAACAAGGACUCCAGAUAUGCUGGUCAGUACUAUAAUCCAUGGUCGAGUAAUCCGGUUUUGAACAUUGCCCCACCUACCACGGGAAUUCCAACCAUCAGUAAAACCAUCGUCCGCCAUGUUUCAUUGGAAGAAGGGGAGAGUGUGCCUGGAUUUGGAAGAAAUGAACAAGGAAAUAAUGAAAUGCCUCCAAAGCCUGGACAUGAUCACCAUUCGUGUGUUGAAGAUGUUAACCGUGGCCGAAGAAUACGUCGGGAAAUGGAGCAAAUGGCCAUUGAGAAACAAAGAAUUAAAGAUAAUGAUAGUUUGUGCCAUGACCCCAAGGAUUUACUGAAUCCAAUCAAGCGAAUGUCAAAGUCGAUCUUUCACGAGACCGAUCCUGUUCAAGCUAUGCCGACAUGUUAUACACCAACCACAGCUGUUAUGGCAUACCAGGAUUCUCAGAUGUCAUCGACUGUGCAGCAGUUCUCUCCCGGGAAACAUCUCUCUUAUGAAGAUAAAGUAAAUGCUUCGAGCACAGAGACGCCGAUCACUUCUGCAACAGUGUGGUAUUCAGAUCUGGUUGACAGAGUUGUGACUCCUACACCUCCUGUAGAGAAACAACAGAUCAGGUUGGAAUUACAGCAAGUCGAUAAACAAAUUAGACAGAAGCAACACGAUAUUGUUAUUCAGAAAGCGCAAGACACACUGAUUCUGCACAGAGAAGAGCAAGCCAUGUCUGCCCACAAGGAUCCAUAUAAUUGUCCGCCAUCCAUCAAUGAUGAACUCUUGGCCAGAAAACUACAAGAAGUUGAGUUGGGUAUACAGAAGAAAACACUUGUUGAACCCUCGAAAUCCGAUGAAACUGUGGAUGAUGUUGCCAUAGCAACAUGGCUUCAGCAAGAUGAAAUGGAGGGUAGACCAUCUGUCAAUGAUGCCAAUGAACUUAAACCUGAGCAGUGCCUGCCCGCUAACGUGCGCUUACAGCAACAACAAAACGAUCACCAGUUUGCGGAACAGUUGGUUUAUCAGGAAGCCCAGGCAUAUGGUAUACGAGUAGCCCCUCAAUACGCUGACUACCACCCCCGUACUGAAGUGGUCCAGCCCAACUAUUUUGUGGGUAAUGGCAGACAAGUACCACCACCACCACCACCACCACCACCACAACAACAUGGCAACCCAGUACCUGGUGCUCCAUACUAUUAUCCGCAGAGGGUUGGUAGGUAUGUUUCACCAUGUCCGGCACCACCACCACCAUCAGCCAUCAAAGAUCCUAACUAUGCUUGGAUGACAACUUUGCCGUCAAAUGUUGUUGAAGACCCCUGGAAUGACUUGUAUCAGAGUUAUAAACAACAGUAAUAUAAUAAGAAAACUAAUAAGAAUGAUGACUCCAAUAACCUGAUUGGCUAGAGAGUUGAAACUGUUGGAUUUUAGAGCCAAUCAGGGAGCUGUUUUCUGAUGUGACAGAGCAAACAAGGUUAUUACUACUACUAAUUCAUCCAUCACAAGUGUAUUGUUAACCCGCACAGAGAUGGUAUAUAGUUAUACUACCGUACUUUGUUUUAUAAUUUGUUUAUGUCAUGUUAUGUUUAUGAUUAGGCCUAACAAAAAAAACAAAAACGUUUCUUGCCAAUGUGUCUAUCAAGUCUAUUUUUUUCACCUAUUUUGCCACUGUGCAAAAAAUUGAUUAAACUUGCAAACUUUGUGCACUGUCAAAUAUUUUACCGAAAAUUAAAAAUUGCCUC